AUGAACUACCUACUCUUUCCGGUUUACGUUGACUCAAAGAUUCAUUUCCCCCCUAAGUCAUUAAAUUAUGCUGCUCUCUUGAGCAUAUCUUUAGAUGACAAGGAGUUGACAAGUUCUCAAGUAUUUCAGAGACUGCAGAAAAUCUUCAUUCACUACGUGCGCUUAGAGAGCCUGGACCUUUCGCACGGGUACAUACGAUCAUCCCCUCUCAGCAGCGCAAAAGCUUUAGCUGUCUCACGCUUGCGGCUAGCAAAUCUCCGAUUUGAUUCACUGGAGUGCUUGGGGCAAUUACUGAGUCACUUGAACGAGCCACGGAAGGGCCUUCGCAACCUUUGGCUCAAGAACAUCACUAUAGACACCCAAGCCAGCACUCUGCAGUCAAUCCAAAAGGUCAUCUCCUUAACACACUUGUCCUGUGAUUCUGCCAUUCCAGAGAUUUUCAGGCUGCUGCACUCGAGGUUAUAUUGGCUAGAAGUUACCGUGAAUAGCCGCUUGCUGCAAAGCUUUUAUGCGUCGCCUGCACAGGUUUCUUCGAAUAGAUAUCCCUUCCUGUUUACUCCAGAGGUUACCCAUGGCUUUUCACUGCCCCCAACCGUACACGUUCUUCUUGAGGACAACAGCAACUUUAAGAAUCUCUACAUGGUUCCAAAGUACAUAGUCUAUAUGUACUUCUGCCUACUUUUAAUAGCCAAAUCUUUGGGGGGAAAUAAAUUAGUUAACAUCUCCCAUCGGCGAGCAAGGGCGUUUUUCUCCAGAAUCACCAAAUGCUUUGAAGAAGAUCAGAUUAGGCUGGACAGAACAGAUGCCAAAAGCACCCCUAGCAGCCGUGAGGGACUAAUAUACUCUCCUUCCUUAGCACUUUCCCUUCUCAGUUUUAAUCUCAUUAUGCGAAAGCUAAUUUCAUACCUAGAACAAUCAGGAACGCCGUCUGUAGAGACGCACCAAAUUACUAUAGAGCUAGACGCACUAAAGGAGAAGGAGCUCGUUGUUUUGCUGCCCAACUUCAAUCACCUAUUAAAGUUUUUGCGUAUAACACCAUCAGCCAAAGAUAGCAAUCUAUAUAAACGCCGGUAUUCGAAGAAAAGGCUCCACACGGUGCCGUCUGGACUCAUUAAGCUCACAUUUAUCUUGCCGCCCACAUCUCGCGCCAUCAUCUUAUCCUACAAUAAAAAGAAGACAGGAGCCAUCUCAGUGAUAGAAACGCCGCUAGUGUUAUGCCUUCCAUAUGAUGCAUUGAUGAAUAGCCGGUUUUUUGAAGGUAUGUUUGACGAGGCAAGAGAGAACCAUGACUGCUUGAUGCUCCACGAGCACCUAGCAGAGUUGUAUACACUUGUCCGCCGUACAUACUUCGACAGCACCAUGUCGAGUUUCAGCAGUACAUCUACUAACCUGAUUCCUCAGCUCGUCAAGUCGGAAAUCUCCGCCUCAAGCGUGGCCAGAAAUAAAGAAGCACACAACACUAUUAGCUCUACUGAUAGUGAUACGCCCUUCACCAACUACAGGAGGUUCUUGUGUAUGCGCGAUUGUCAGAUAUGUAGCGCAGCACGCGACGCAGCAAAAGAUACAGACGAUCCAGAUUGCUUUAUCCAGAGCAUAUUUGCAACUAAGAGCUCCCCGUUUUACUGCGACAAAGUGGCAGCAAGGCUGAUACGAAAGCUCAUUAAGAUUCAGAUCAGAGCAAGCCCCGAGUUCAAUUCUUCUGCGACAGAUAUCACCUUUACACAUGCAUCUGCCCCGCGGAAUCCUGCAGCUCUACUUGAAAACAACCACGCAGAACUUGCUCCAGGCAGAGGGAGCUCGACAGAAUACAGCUCUGUGAGCUUCAUACAGACAGCCUCAUAUUCAGAAGAAGAGGAGAGCAACCUAUACCCGUCCCCGCGGCGCAGUAUAGAUAAGCUAAUGAAGCGGACCAUGGGCACAUUAGAAUCGUUUAGCGAGAACUGCACUGACGCUGAUUACACACGAUUACCAGGACUCUUCGAGCAUAAUAGAAUUUUUAGGUAUAUCGACGAGUACGUUGAUAAUGCUAACACAUUCCUAGUCUACAAUGGAUACAUCCUCUCGAUAAGCUAUGAGGUCCUUCGCAAGGUAUAUCUACUGGACCUCAAAAGAUCUGCACUGCGCAAACAUCCAGUGUUGCGCGAGCUCUCUCCUCCGAAUGUCAGUGCAGCCAUAACAAGCUAUGUGGCAUACGAAGAUGUCCACAGUAUCUGCCAGCGCACCAUUCAGGCCAUGGUAAAGGCAUACUUAACUGGUGGAUAUUACGCUCGAAGCAUGGACAGACUCCUGAUUAAAGGCACUGCAGAUAUGGGCACUACAGGGUCUAAGGGAUCGCUGUCUGAACCCUUUUUAAAGAUAACGGCAAGUGAUGUUAGCAAAACAGUACCAGAUCCAGGUGACUGCAACUGCAGAAACAAAGCGAACACGUCUAGUCAUCAGCUACUUCCAUUCAUAGAUGUCACUGUGGAUUGGGGAGCAUCCUUGAUAAUGGGUUUGAAUGACUCCCAGCUUUCAAAAGAGAGCAAGUUUAUUCGGUGUGUGCACAAUCUCCUUAGGUCGCAUGCUUCCCCGAUGAUAAAUUCCCAGCUGCGUGCCGUAGCGCCUGUGAUUUACUCCAAAGAAUAUCGCCGCUUCUACAUUCACCCAGCUCCUGGAGUUAUACCCAACACCCAACAGCUCUAUGGGAUCGGGCUGCUUGCUAAGCUACACAAGGAUGAGUUUGGUGAAUGCAUGAAGGGAAGCACAUCGAUCUGCAUCAUUUCGCUACACUUUUCAGCUUAUGACCUGAUUCAUAUGCUACAGGGAGGGCUCCUUUCGUGUGUUUCACCAGCAAUCAGAAAGAUUAAUAUAGAGACGAUAACAAUAGUAUAUAGUACAAAGCUAGAGAUACUACUCCUGUUCUAUCUAUUGAUUGGCCAGCCAGCCCUCACCAUAAUUAUUAACAAGCUGAGCUUUAAGUACGCCCCUGCUUAUCGCCAGGACCAUCUUAAUAGCAUGCUUACUGACAUACUGAGCAGCUCACUAGAGUGGAGACCACAAGCCAGUAGUAAGAAUUCUGCAGAGCUCGGGAAGAAGACAUCGACUUCGGCAUCAGGGGACAGAUUCUUCGAUCAUGUGGUGAGGAGGUUUCACGGGAAUUCCCGUCCAGAAGACUCUGAGCUGAAUAAGGGAGGUCGUUCCGGCCGCGUAGGUGCAGAUGCUGUCGACGGAGGAACGGAGAAUUCGUAUAGUUUGGAUUGUAGUACAUACACAAGCGACUCUAUCACUGAAGUGGACUCCACACUUGACGGGUUUAUAGUAGACUCGGACGAGACCACCGAUGAGGCAGAUGACCCACGAACACCGCCACAGAAGCACGGAAGAGACGAGAGCACUGACUCGACUGAUGAGGAUCCAGUGGUGGUCGGAUUCAGCAGAAAAGCGCAGGAACUUACGUCAAAAAGGCUGGAUCUUGUUGUCUAUAAAGACCUGAUUGAUGAUAUCACGCAGAAGACAGGAAUCCCGGUCAACACGUUGCAAUACACAGACUUGACUCUGAAGAUUAUCAGGAACCUGAACAGUAUGAAGCUCCAGGUGCGCGUGCGACUGUGCGUACUCACUAGUUUCAUCAAUGAUAACGAAGAGCUGGGUUCUACGAGAGCCCAAGCAACAGCAGAACAGGAGUAUGCUUCCCACGUUGUGUUUCUGACUAAGAUACUUAAGUGCAUGAUAAAAGCGGAUAUAAAUGCCUUUAUAUUUGAAAACGUUGCGCUCGACUGGUCUCUAAAGUUCUCCAACAUAAAGAACGAGCUUAUUGACAGAAUCACGGGAUUGCGUGACUCGUUGGCGCGGGGUAUCGGGGUCUUUUAUAUAAUUGGCUCCACCAUUCAAGAAGAAAAACCGUGA